AUCCAGUCUGUUUGUGUUUUGACGUUUGGGAAAGAGCUCUUCGAACCAUCACACAAGUCCAUUUAAGACACAGUCAGCGUCCAGCUCAUCGGAUUAAAAGACAGCAGAAGUCAUGGCAUCAGACUCUCCACGCAGACCAAGUCGCUGUGCUGGAGGAGUUCUGGUGCGAGCACAAGCUGCCACGGAGCAGUCUUACAUGGAGAGUGUGGUGACCUUCCUGCAGGAUGUCGUCCCACAGGCAUACACAGGGGCUCCACCCUCUGAUGAAAAGGAAAAAAUCAUUUGGGUUCGAUUUGAGAAAGCUGACAUCAAUGACACGUCACGCAAUCCAGAGUUUCUGGAGAUGCACAGCGGUACAACUGAGCCUCCUCUCUGCCUAAUGAUUGGCUACACUGAUGGGAUGCAGAUCUGGAGCGUUUCUUUGGCAGGGGAAGCCCAGGAGCUGUUCUCAGUACGCCAUGGUCCCGUGCGAGCUGCUCGGAUUCUGCCAGCUCCUCACAUCAGCCCUCUGAAGACUGACAGUUUUGCCGACAAGAGGCCCCUCCUGGGGGUUUGCAAGAAUGCAGGGUCCUCUGGGACGAGCCCCCCAUACUGUUGUGCCGACCUGUAUUCUCUCAGGACCGGGGAAAUGGUUAAAUCAAUUCAGUUCAAGACGCCCAUCUAUGACCUCCACUGCAACAAACAUAUCCUGGCUGUGAGCCUUCAAGAGAAGAUUGCUGCAUUUGACAGCUGCACCUUCACCAAGAAGUUCUUUGUUACAAGCUGCUACCCCUGCCCCGGUCCCAGCCUCAAUCCAAUAGCUUUGGGAAGCCGCUGGCUGGCCUAUGCUGAGAAUAAGUUGAUCAGAUGUCACCAGUCUCGUGGAGGAGCUUGUGGUGACAAUGCACAGUCCUAUACAGCUACAGUAAUCAAUGCUGCCAAAACUCUAAAGACAGGCCUGACGAUGGUGGGGAAAGUUGUCACCCAGUUGGCGGGCACCCUGCCAGCAGGCACUCCAGACGAGGAGGGAACACCUCACAGCGCUAGCCGCCGGAGCCCCCACAACCCAGGAGUGGUCACAAUCAUCGACACUCACAGUGUUGGAGAAGGACAGGUCUUGGUGAGUGAGGACUCGGACGGAGAGGGAGUGGUGGCUCACUUCCCAGCUCAUGACAAACCCAUAUCCUGCAUGCAAUUCAACCCCAGUGGGAUGCUGCUGGUGACCGCAGACACUUUGGGCCAUGAUUUUCACGUCUUCCAGGUUCUCACCCACCCAUGGGCGUCAUCGCAGAGCGCUGUGCAUCAUCUCUACACCCUGCACCGUGGGGAGACUGAGGCCAAGGUUCAGGACAUGUGUUUCAGCCAGGACAGUCGCUGGGUAGCCGUCAGCACUCUCCGAGGCACCACCCAUGUGUUCCCCGUCAACCCGUACGGCGGUGCACCCUGCGCUCGCACACACAUGUCCCCCCGCGUGGUCAACCGGAUGUCUCGCUUCCAAAAGAGUGCUGGCCUGGAGGAGAUCGAGCAAGAGCUGAACAGAGCGGCUGCGCUGGGAGGAGGAGCAGGAGGAGGGGGUGUCAUGGGAGGAGGCGGAUGCAUUCUGGGAGGAGCAGGAGGAAUCGGGGGUCGCUGUAGCCCCAUACCUGGCCUGUCCAGCAGCCCCUCAGGGUCUCCACUACAUGCCAAGCUGAGCAGCCAGGACUCGUACAACAACUUCACCAACAACAAUAUGGGGAACCCACGCCUGACCCCGCUGCCCAGCCUCACUGUGGUGCUGCCGCUGGCUCAGAUCAAACAGCCCAUGACUCUGGGCACAAUCACCAAACGCUCUGGCAAAGCUAAGCCGCCGCCUCAGAUUUCACCAAGCAAGUCCAGUGGAGGAGAGUUCUGUGUGGCUGCCAUCUUUGCCUCAUCUCGCUCCUGGUUCAUCACCAACCCCAACAUGAAACGAGAGAAGGAUCAAUCCAGGCAGUCAGUUGUUGACUCGUUGUACAUCUUGAGUUGCUAUGGUAACUUAGUGGAGCAUGUCUUGGAGCCUCGGCCGCUUAGCACUGCUCAGAAGAUCAGCGAUGACACACCUUUGGAGCUCAGCACCUGUCCCAGGGCCUGCUGGACUCUGGCCAGGACCCCUCAGUGGAACGAGUUGCAGCCACCCUUCAACUCCAACCAUCCCUUGGUGUUAGCUUCAGACCUGGUGCAGUACUAUCAGUAUCUUCUGGCUGCAAUGCCACCAGGGAGUCCAGGACCAAUCACACGUCAUGAGUCGUCAGACAGCCUGGCGUCUGAUCAUAGUGGCCAGGAAGACGAAGAGUGGCUCUCACAGGUGGAGAUUGUGACCCACACAGGCCCCCACCGGCGCCUGUGGAUGGGCCCUCAGUUCCAGUUUAAGACCAUCCACCCAUCAGGCCAGACUACAGUCAUCUCCUCCUCGUCCUCAGUCCUUCAGUCCCAGGGACCCUCUGAUGUCCAGCAGCCCCUUCUGGAUUUUGACACAGAUGACUUGGACCUGCACAGCCUCAGAAUUCAGCCAGUACGUUCAGAGCCCGUCAGCAUGCCCGGAUCGUCUCGUCUGGUGCCCGAUCGUAGAGGACAGUCCAACAUCAUGGAUGCAGGAUCAGGUUUUUCCUAAAAAAGAAGCUCCUCGCUCUGCAAAAAUUACAUUUCAAUUGAUUUAUUUUUUGCUUUUUCUCCUCGCAAGCAUGCCAGUCAUUUUCAUUUUCCCCUUCAUCCAUCCAUCCAUCCAUCCUCCCUCUCCUCCUCAUCAUCCCAUACAUUGUUUUGCCAUUGGUGUAUGAGAGAGAAGAGGACAGGCGAGAGGAGGAGGAAGAGAGGAAGAUGGACAGCUCUCUACUUGUUUGUCUUUUCUGUGUGUCUGUCACAUUUUUGUCCUGGUUAGUUCAUUUGUUUAAAACAGGUAGUAUGUGGUAAUCGAUAGUUGGAAAACAAAAUAAUUUGUUAAACCACAUUGAAAUUCUAAUGAAAAGAUUUAAUGGAUACACAUUAGCAAGGAAAACUCAUUAAUUGUUCCAACCACAGAAGUCAGUUGGCAUCACUAACAUCCUGGUUUUAAUUCUGGCAGAGUCAGCAAUCAUUCAGCAGUGAUCAAGUAAUCCAGAUUUGAUCACAUUACUGCUACAGCCUCAUCACCUUGAUGGCUUGCAUUUUUUUUCUUUGCUGACUUAAAUAAGAUUUAAACUCUGCUCUUUCAUGGCUGGGAAUGAUAGGGUGUUGACAAACCAAAUCUGUUACUGCUCAUUUUGCACAAAAAUAUAGCACAGGAGCUCUUAAACGUCAUUUAUUUCUUGGUCUAAAGUAACUUAUAAACACUGUUCCAGCUCUACAAUGGUUGGCAAUGUCUGUUGAAAUUAAAGCCUGAUUUAUACAUCUAUAUCAAAUCUGCAUCAUAGCAUAUUUUGUAGGUUUGCAUUGUCCCAAACCCGAAGGUACCUAAACAUGGAAAUGGCAUUGAUCACAUUCCUUGUAAUUGGUCCACUGUGUAGGAGUCUUCUACAAUAUCAGCAAGCCAAACAAGAGCCAAAAAUUCCCGUCCUCUGCCUUGGCUGAUUUAGCAGCCAUCCCAUCAUUUUCUUCCUUGCAGUAAAUUCAGUAUGAUCAACUGCUGCUUGGUAUUUAUCAGCUCCAGAAUAUGCUUGAUUUCAGUUUCAUGUGCAAAAUCAAGCUGAGAAUAUGGCGAGACCAGAAACUGGUGAUAAAACUAGCAUAAAAAUGCUGCUGACUCAGACCCACUAACCCACAAAGAUGCAGUGCUCUUGACUGUGAAGACCACUAUGGUGUAACUACGGCAUGGUUUCAAUACAUGAGCACAAGUCAUACUUAUAGGUUGAAUGCAGACCUCCAAUAAGCCCGUGCACAGAUGAUGCACAUUGAUAUCUAUUAGCCCGUUCUGUCUGAUAUCCUGGCAAAGCUUUGCUUUAGCUCUGAGCACACCUUCAAUAUUUGAGUUCAAUUUGAAAAGAAACUGCAAGCUUCUUUAUUCAUUUUAACUUCAGUUGCUGAUGCGUUUCCAGUCUUGACAGCAUUCUUAAGCAUUGCUGCACAUUCCCAAUAACCUUCACAUAAAGCAGCAGUUCUAAAACCUCUAGAACCUGGAAAUUAGGGAUGUUCCUAGAGAUUUACCCAUCAUUUAAACAGUAAUUUACUUUCAGGGUAUUCUAAAAGGAAGAAAGCUCUCAGAGAGCAGUCAAAAAUUAGCAUUUUUAUUAACAAUGCUUCACAUUUUCUAAAGCCAUACUGUGUGUAAUCUAUUCCGAACUGGAAAAGUUUGUCACAUUCUUCAAUAUAAAAGCUGCCUACUGUAUGCUUUUACUUCAAACAUGGCAGAAAGUGUGUUGCACUUUCCAUCCUGCAUUACCCUGCAGGUUAAGAGUGUUACAGAGUGCCAAUGUGUAUGCACAGUCUAGUUAACAUUAGCAAUGCUUACAACACCAGUCUGCUCCAGUUGCAUUGUUGUGUAUCAUUUUACCGGCCAUCCUUCUAUAAGAUGCUGUCCACUCACUGGUUUACAUCACAGAAUGUGGAAAGUACUGGAUGAAGUCUGAGUGACAUCACCCAUUAGUUAAAUGGGCAGUUGACAUAUUGAAAGCAUGGUCUCAAACUAACUUUUGGGCACAUUUUUCUUAGCUGUUUAGAUAUUUCAAGGCUGUUAAGACAUGCAAUAUGUCAUGUAGUGAUUCCCCCACAUAGACUGAACUCUUGUAUAUUUCAGGCCACCCAAGUGUAUUUGCCAACCAUUUUUUCUCUGUUUUCUUUUUUUUUAUCUGUGUAUGAGGGAUGCCCAUUUAUUGAUUAAAUGUACGAACUGAGUAGCAGUGUUUCAUGUUAGAAAUUUAGCUUUUUGCAGUUCCCUGCAGCUGUGAUAUCAGCCUUUGCUCCUGCACUCUUGGAUGAUGGUUGCAAUACACAUUUUCAUCAGCAGUAAGUUCCUAUAUACACAGCUUACCUGCUGGGAUUAUCAAGUGAAACAUUUCAAGUGGCAAAUAAUGAUAUUUGGCCAGAUUUAUGCAACUUAAUGCUGAUGAAUACUGUAAAACAGCAGACACUCAAAACUGAACAUACAACAUGAGCUGGAUGGCCCACUCUGCCACACCCUACUAGGAAAACAGUAAUGUUACUAUUGUCAGUAACCAUGGCCUUUCUGAAAAUGUUGCAAAUACAAGGCCAAUGCCACCACUUGUUUGUUUGCAUCACAGAUUUUUAUAGUCUUAAUCUCAAACAUUGUGGGUUUUUUUUUCCUUUUAAAAAUAGUGGGUGGAAAUGUUUUUGCUUUUACCGGAUUUGCUGCUUACUCUCUAGCUGGUUCACUGGUUCUAAACUCAGCUGUAACUGCCAGAAGUGGAAGCACUGUCAUGGUGGAGGAAUGUUUGAUUCAGAAAAUGUUUUUAUUGGACAAAACACAUCCUCAUUCUAGAGAACAAGAUGAUUCAGCUGCAGGUUUAUUUUUUACCACACAUACAAAAAAAAAAGUCUUGGUUUGCUGAGCCAUUCAGGUAGUGGUCAUGUAAGAUUGUAAAUGCAAGACAAGCAAUAUGUGAUUAAACCACAAAUCUGAUGUCUACAUUAGCAAUAAAGGACAAGAGAAAAACAGGCAAAGUAUGUCGAUAUGCAUUCAUGGAUUAAGACUGACACUUCCAUGCCAGCUAACUGUAAUAAAUGUAAAAUAUUUGCUGAGUCAGGUUAUAAGUGACAGGGUCAGGAGGUUCACAGAGCCAAAAUUUCUGCUAUCUAAACUCGACAACAGAGACUGAAGUAAAGUGCACCAGGCUCAGCUGUCUUCUCUCUGUACACAGCAGCUUUUCUAUGGAGCAACCGGCACAAACACACACUCAACACACACUCGCACACAGCAUUUGCCCUUUAGGCAGAGAAUAAAGCCUGUAUUAUACAGGAUGAGAUGGGGAGCAGGGUCACAUUAUGACGGAGGAAGUGCACAAGUGCAGUAGUGAAUACAGAGGAGCAGUGAACAUGGUGUGCAUAUGGAGCUUCAACAACCCUGCUUCCUUUUUGGUUUGGUCAAACUCCAACAUGAGGAUGCAAACAGAAACAUGAGACAAAAGCACAAGAAUGAUACAAGGUAAAUCCAUACAGUUACUAGUCCAUGUUCUACCUCUAAAUAGUCUUUAAUACACUCAAGAUCAUGAUGAGUGAAAGUUUAACGGGCAAACUUUUGUGUGCAGAACAAUGAAUAUGACACACUUUUAGUCCUGCACACUUUUAGCUGCCACUUUACAAAAAUAGCAUUUAUAUUUCAAAAUUUUGAUCAAGGAAAUUAAAACUCACUGGUACAGAUUUGGCUUCUUGCUCUUAAAUAUCCACAAAAUAUAAAUUUUUCUUAAAUUAAAGCAUGUAGUACGAAGAGUUUCACAGAACAAAAAAGGGGGAUAAAAUCAGAAGUUGACAACAACGUGCAAAAUUAUUUUUAAAAAUAAUAAAAUAAGGAAAAACAAUUACAGCUGAAUUAGUUUUCAAAAUUCAAAGUAAAUAAUCAAAAAAGGUCUUGUAAAUAAAAGAAAAAAUUAAAUUAAAAUGAUAGUUUUUGAAGGUCAUGGCCAAUAUAAAACAUAUCAUAUCAUGUAUAAACUUAAAAAAAAAUAAAAAAUAAAAAAAGAGUGCAGUUUUCUGUUUCUCUAUCUUUUCCUAAUUUUGAAAGCUGCUGUGAUAUACAGUUCAUGAUCAGUGUUAACAGCAUCACAACUGUGUGUUUUGUGACGACAAAAUGUUCCCUUCUAUAAGAGGAUUCCUGCUUAGACCUCACACAAAAGUAUAUAGUAUAUAUUUUUAAUCAACUUGCAUGAAUGGGGCAGUUAGACCAUGCUGAAAUUAGUGCUGUUGCUUUUAUGCAAUACAGUGAAAUGACAAAUACAGUCUAAAUUUUAUUUUUACACAGUACUGAAUUGUGUGUGUCUUUGUCAUCAAGCACUGCUGCCAAAUGUUUUGUAGAGGUUUUCCCUUUGUUUCAUUUCACUUACAGAUCUAACAGAGCAUUAUGUUGUAUUACACUCUGAAAAUGUGUUCUAUAACUUAUGUAUUUUGAUAUCCUAAACAUCACACAGAGAAAAUAGACACAUUUUCUGUCAUUAAUCUCCACAAAUAUCCCCAUAAGCAUGAUGCCUAUCAACAACUAUUUGCUUCUAAAAAAUUAUAUUUUUGUCUGUUUUUGACUGUACAUUUUAUUUUGGAACUUCCUGUCAUCCAGUAUCAUAAAAAAAGAAAAUUUAUAUCUUUGAGUGCACCGCAAAUCUCCAGUCUCACCAAACGUAGUCUAUUUCUCCUGUUAAAAAUGUCUUACUAAACAUACUACAAGCCACAGUGGCCUGAAGAGUCCUAAUAAACAUUUUCUUUCAAAAUAUAAAAAUCAAGAGUGAGGCCUGAAUUUCUUGUGAUAAAGAAAACAAUCUUAAAAUGAGUGUCUAAAUCUAGAUUAGAGCAUCUUUCUUACUUGUUACAAUCAAUAUAGCCACACGUUUUGUAUUUUAUAUUAUUAUAUUAUUAUUAUAUUAUAUUAGAAUAAGAUGUUUAUCAGAAAAAAAUGGAUCAUUUUUUGGUUUACUCACUAAGAGUUUCAGUUCACAGGGGCUCAUUGUAUGUUUAAUUGCUCAAAGUGAGAGAAGCAGACCAUUUGAGAGAGGCCUGGCUGCAGACAGUAGCUCUCAGAUGCCCCUUUUGCAGACCACUACUGUGAGACCCACCACCACCAACGGAAAUGUGGUAAUGUGCUGGUACAAUACAUUUCCAGUUAGAUGUGGUUAUGUGUACAAUGUCUCUGUAGCUUCUGCUACAUAGCAAAAGCUAUCAUAGCUACUCUAGCCAUGUAGUUAAUGUUGCUAUGUUAGCCAACAUCGCAAUGGUAGCUUUGCAUUAGCAACCAUAGCAAACGUAACUACGUAAUCUAUGUAGGUAAUGUACAUAGCUACAUUAGCCCUGGCAGCAUUUGCUUUAGCCUUAGCUAUGUUGGCUGCCUUAGAGUGUUUUCAUGAUGAGAUGUUUUUUGUAGGCAGACUGUUUAGUCAGCUUAAUUAAACAUUUUUAAUCAGGUUUUGCUGGUCAGAUUUUUAACUUUUCACUUUUGAUCUCCUAACCCUCACCCUAACUCUGGUCGGCGUUAGGGUGAGGGUGAGGAUUUAAUUUUAAAAGUUUUGCAUGUAUUUCCAUCCUGAAAGUGAUGGUGUCUGACAGCAGUGGUCUACAGGGCAGGUGUCUCGAAAGAGCCAGUCUGCAGCCAGACUGCCCUGGACCAUUCUGGUGAUCUACACUAUCUGUAUAUCACGUCCUCUAGCUCCUGUUCUAUUCUGUACAUAUCCAAUGAAGUUUUGCCCCCACAGACCUGUGCUUUGAGGUCCUUUGAUGCUGGUUUUUAUGCAUUUAUUCUCUGUGUUAAGGCCCUUAAAAUGUGUAUAUGUAUAAAAUCUUGAUUGCACAUGUAAAUAUGCCGUCUGCCUGUUGUAUUGAUCUCAAUUGUGAAUUAAACUGAACAUGUCUGACCUCCA